AUGGCCCCGCACCCCCAGCCCGCAACGGGGUCACGGCCGCGCCGGCGGCUCCCACCGGGAAGUGCCGCGUCAGCGCCCGCCGCCCGCCGUGAUCCAACGCGAUGUGACAGCGGGGCCAUCGCCAGCAUCCCGCCGCUGCCCCGCGCCGGGCAGGGCGCCGGCACCCCUCUGCACUCACCGGGGAGGAGCCCCUCGCCCUCCGCUCCGCGCCGCCAGCCCCCCGCACCGGCCCCGCAGCUCCGCGUCCCGCCGGCGUCGCACCUCGGGGGGGGCAGGGGGGCAUCGGCUGCCGGCACGCGGCCCUGGGGGCACCCCCCCCGCAGUCCAGUGCACGCCCCGUGCCCCUCACCCCUCCGGCCCACGGCGCACUCGGGCAGCCCGGCGGGGAGCAGCCCCCCAAAUCUGGGGCGGGCAGCGGCUCCUGGCCAAGGGCCCGGCACUGCCCUCCCGGUGCCAGCACCGGUGCCGGUGCCAGUGCCGGGGUCUGGCGAGGCCGCAGGGCUCCCCGUGUCCAGCGGAACAAAGCCGCGGCUGUUUGCGGAGGGCACCGCGGCCAGAGACCGGCUCUUAAUGAGGCCGGGGCCGGCGGGGGUCCCGGCACUGGCGUGGGUCCCGGUGCCGGCGGGUGUCCCGGGCUCGGACGGUUCUCACCAUAAAUCAACCUCGCAGCAGCCCCGGCUCUGCGGGAGCAGACACGGCCCUGGAUCCCCCCGCUGGGCCUGCGGCACCGCUGCGGCUGCCGGGCGCCACGACUCUCCCGGGGUCCAUCCCAUCCCAAUUCUCCCGGACUCCAUCUCCACCCUCGCCGAGUCCAUCCCCACCCUCGCCGGGGUCCAUCUCCACCCUCGCCGAGUCCAUCCCCACCCUCGCCGGACUCCAUCUCCACCCUCGCCGAGUCCAUCCCCACCCUCGCCGGGGUCCAUCUCCACCCUCGCCGAGUCCAUCCCCACCCUCGCCGGGGUCCAUCUCCCCCCUCGCCGGGGUCCAUCCCCACCCCCGUCGGGCUCCGUUCCAGCCCGACCCCGGCUCGGUGGCUCGCUGCGGUGCCAGGCCCCGCGGUGGCUCUCUGCCCGCUGCGGUGACACAGGGGCCGGUGGCCGCCAGCAGCCCCGUGACCGGCAUCCGCCGGCGCCCGUUACUCACGCCCCAGCGCCCCGACUCUGCGGCGCGGCGUGGUAA